AUGGUUGACAUAGAAUGGGAGGUGCAAGUCCCUGCUGGCGGCCCUACCGUCAAUGUGACAGGCACUGUUGAGGAUGUCUACUCGCAACUUAAGACCUUCGACCCUGAAUUCGGGACUGAGUUCCCUCCUACCGACCACAACGACGCCAUCGAGGCUCCUGGAAGCGCGCAUUCAGCAGGGCGUCAGCUACCGGACGGCGUGCCUGGACGGCCGUCGAACGGUCCGGGCCCCGGAAAUUGGGGCCGUGUAAGCUGCUCUUACAACUCUGCCAUCCACUGGUGCAACGACCACAACUGUCAGUUCACCCUCAUUCAUUGA